CCAUGGCGAAGCUCAUGAAGCGCAACGAGGACUUGGAAGCCGAAGUGGCGCAGCUCAAGGAGGAAUUGAAGGUGAAGACGCGCGAAGCCACCGAGAGCACCCAGGCUGCGGAUUUUGCGAGGAGGCAAUCGACAGAUCUGAUGGCCCAGAUGGAGCAGAUGCGCAAGCAGCUGGACGAUGCCAAAAAGGAGCUUGAUGAUGAGAGGCGUCGCUCCAGUGUGAAGGUUCCGGUCGAAAGACCGAGCUCAGAGGAGGAUCGACAACUCCAGGAUAAGCUGAAAAGAACCAAAGAUGAGAACGAAAAUCUGAAGCAGGAGAACAAACAGUUACGAGAUGCCUUGGACGAAGCCAAGAUCAUGCGGAAAGCGCUGGAGCAGGCCAUGGACGAGCUGAAACGCAAGUUCGAGGAGUUCAAGAAGAAGUUGCAGGAGAAGGGUGUCGAUGUCAGUCUUUUGGACGAAGCGCUACUGGAAGUAGGUAUGCCUUCACAUCCCAUGAAUGUCUUCGACCGCCUCUACCAAGAUGCAGUGCGCCGCUUCAACCGUUUCCAGGAGAAAUGGGUCAUUGACAUGAAAAAUGCCCAGCAAGAAACCUGGGAACGUAUUUUGGGCAUCUAUGAUGGGCCGCCUUUGACCAAAGAACAAGUGACUGCCUUGGUACAAAACGGCUUGAUCGAUAUCAGGAGAUUUGCCUUCGAUGAGCCUCCAUCCCGAAUGAUCUGCCCCAAAUGUGGAUACAACUUGAGGUCCGGCACUCCGGAUCGCCCGCGACCGCACUCGCAGCCCUCCGAGAGCCAAAGGCCCAGGUUUGGUCGGAUGAAAACCUGGGCUGGGAGCAUGGCUGGAAGUCUGUCGCCCAAGGGAGGAGGCAAUCAACCAGAUGUCUUCGCCCGACAAGACAUCUAUCUGGACAUUGUGGGCUUUCAACCGCAUCAAGCGCAGGACAGAAAACCCUUUGCGAUUGUGAGUGAGGCGGACCAGUACAUGCACCACUGCCAUCUCCAACGUUUCGAGCCACUGUCGCUGUCAGCUGAUGCAGAUGCUUCGGCUGUAGGGCGGGAGAUGACACCGAGCAAAAUGGAGACACCCAAGGGGGCAACGCCAAGCCCUUCUCCUUGCGCGAAGGAUGGCAAGACUCCAAAGACGCCCAAGUUGGUGACCUUGGAGAGCGCCAUGAGCAUGGAUUUGGACGACAGAGAGGUGAUGGUGGUGUCCGCCCCUUCGCCGGUGAACAUGGAACCGCCAGCGCCUCCGGUGACCCAGCGCCGCAUCAGCACCAGGGAUGCCAAGCUGGUGGAAGGCUCCAAGCGCUUGACCAAAGGGAACGUCAUGAGCGCCUCAAUGCCUGCGAUGGAGCCCUUCACAGCGAUCAUCAGCGGAUCGAAGGCGCUGCCCCUGCCGCAGAUCGCAGGACCACAGCAGAGUCGAAGCAGAUCGCCACCGGAUCGCGGUGCAGCCCCGGCGCCUCGCAGACUCAGCCGAACCAACUCCCAGCCACUGCGGCGAGAUCCUGUGGACAUUUCGAUUUCAGGAGUUUCGGCAGCACGUUGAGGCGGCUUUUCAGCUAUGGCAUGACAUGUGAAUACAGAAGGUCCAUGGGUACGGAAACCCAUCAUGUUCUUUUGGUUAGGGUUAUA